AUGGGGGCAUCCUCAAACAACAAAGCCAGAACUUCUGCAGAACCAGGUCGGAGAGCAAAACCAGAUCAGUUCAGUGGGGGCUCUGCUGCUGCAAACCCAGCUCAAUUUGAGCAGCAUCCCAGCGAAAGCAUGAAGUGGGAGAGAGUUCCGCUGAAGUUAUUUUCGAGACGCGGCUAUGUAAACCCAGGAGAUAGAUUGCAGGGCUUAGAGAUACCCUUUAGAGGAAUGGAAAUGGCAUUAACCUGUAUUCCUUCAUUUCCAGUUAAGGUGGUGAAUGGAGAACUCAGUAAAGAUGCUCUACUUAGACUAGUAGAGCAUAACAUGAGCCUAAACUUAAGCACGCCUUUUUGUUCAAUAACUGUUCCUGAAUCAAAAGCAGAAAAUGUUAGUUUCCUCCAAACACUUCAAAACAUCCCACAAAUCCACCAAGAUUUACCCCCAAUUUUCUUUUUGUUUUGCAUCAAUCUCCUCCAAGGCAAGUUAUUAUCCAGAAGUAAGACUGUACAGGAAAAAUUUUUGGUUCACCAGAAUGGAGGAGCAACUAAUUCGUCCAAACAAAAUGGAUUGUAUUUCAAGAUAUGGAGUAACUUGUCCACCAAGGUAAGCAGCAAAAGGCUUAUGUCAGCUUUCAAAUGUUCACUCUCCUUGGGUCUUGCCGUGUUUUUCGGUUUGAUAUACAGCAAAGAUGAUGGCUACUGGGCAGGACUCCCAGUAGCAAUCAGUUUUGCAUCAACCAGAGAAGCAACAUUUAAAGUUUCAAAUGUUAAAGUACAAGGGACUGUUUUAGGAACUGUAUAUGGAGUUUUGGGUUGGUUUCUCUUCCAAAGGUUUUUGUCAAUGAGACUUUUAUCUCUGAUUCCUUGGUUCAUUUUCACCAAUUUUCUCCAGCGUAGCCGAAUGUACGGCCAGGCAGGAGGCAUUUCAGCGGUAAUUGGAGCUGUACUAGUUUUGGGGAGAACAAACUUUGGUCCUCCAAGUGAAUUUGCCAUAGCCAGAAUCACAGAAACCUUCAUCGGAUUAUCUAGUUCUAUUAUCGUUCACCUAAUCUUGCAACCCAAAAGAGCUUCUGCUCUUGCAAAAGUUCAACUCUCUAGGACUCUUGGGACAUUGCAGGAGUGCAUCAACUCGGUGAGUCUUCAAUCAGGAAGAGCCAAUUUGGAAGAUAAUCAAAAGAGACUGAAAAUGCAUACUGAAGAACUUGGGCAGUUGAUUGGAGAAGCUGAGGGGGAGCCCAAUUUCUGGUUUUUGCCUUUUCAUAGUGCUUGCUAUGGAAAACUCUUGAGGUCUUUCUCCAGAAUGAUGGACUUGCUAGUUUUAAGUGCUCAUGCAGUUGGAAUUCUUGAAGAAAAUUCACAAACACUUGAGGCUUCAUGGAAGGAAAUUGUACAUACAUUGGAAUGUGAUCUUGAACAUUUCAAGAAAAUGGUUGGAAGUUUGAUGACAUGCUUCGAGGAGAUCACCUUGAUAAAAUCAAUCGCAGUUCUUGAUCAAAAGAGUAACAUAUCUCCUGACCACGAGUUGGGAAAAUCUCGAACACCGAAUAUUUUUAGGGCUUGUAGUUCAGAGAUGGAUAAGAUUAUGAGUUCUUAUCUCCAACACUCGGAGGAAGUCGUUGAUAAAAUUGAUGCUAAAAGUGAGGAGCUCAAGAGCCAAAUGGUUUUGUGUUUAAGUGGUUUAGGAUUCUGCAUAAGUAGUUUAAUAAGAGAAACAAGAGAGAUUGAAGAGGGAAUCAAGGAACUUGUUCAAUGGGAGAAUCCUUCUUCCCACAUUAAUUUGUACGAAAUCUCUUGUAAGUUGCAUGAUAAUCAGAAAUAA